AUGGGAGCACAAGACUACUACUCCACGGCUCUGGCCGCCGCCGGCGUCGCGCUGCUCGCGAUCUGCUCGUACUACCUGCUGCAUGUGGGCCGCCGCGGGCAAGGGCAGCGCGGUGGCGGCAGCAAGCAGCCGAAGCGGUACGCGCCCGUGGUGGGUACGGUGUUCCACCAGCUGUACCACGUCCGGCGGCUGCACGACUACCACACGGACCUGUUCCGCCAGCGCAAGACCUUCCAGCUGCUGGUGCCGGCCGGCCGGCGGCAGAUUUACACGUGCGACCCCGCCGUGGUCGAGCACAUCCUUAGGACCAACUUCGCCAACUACGGCAAGGGCACCUUCAACUACGAGAACAUGGCUGACCUGCUCGGCGACGGCAUCUUCGCCGUGGACGGCGACAAGUGGAGGCAGCAGCGGAAGAUCGCCAGCUACGACUUCUCCACGAGGGCUCUCCGCGACUUCAGCGGCGCCGUCUUCAAGCGGAACGCCGCCAGGCUGGCCGGCAUCGUCUCGGGAAACGCCGCGUCGGGGCAGCCCAUGGAGUUCCAGGGCCUCGCGCUCAGGGCGACCAUGGACUCCAUCUUCACCAUCGCCUUCGGCCUGGACCUCGACACGCUGCUGGGCGGCGGCUCGGGAUCGGGGGAGGGGAGCCGCUUCGCCGCGGCGUUCGACGACGCCAGCGAGUUCACGCUGCUCCGCUACGUCAACGCCUUCUGGAAGGCGCAGAGGUUCCUCGGCGUCGGCUCCGAGGCCAAGCUCAGGCAGCGGGUCAAGAUCGUCGACGAGUUCGUGUACAAGUGCAUCCGCGACAGAGCACAGGAGCUCUCUGACAGCAAGGCGACCGAGGACGCUGUCCCUGCGAGUGAUUCGAGGCAAGACAUGCUGUCCAGAUUCAUCCCAACGGCGACGAACGAAACCGGGACGGUGGACUACAAGCACCUGAGGGACAUCAUACUGAACAUUGUCAUCGCCGGCAAGGACACGACGGCGGGGGCACUUGCCUGGUUCCUCUACAUGGCGUGCAAGCACCCGGAAAUCCAGGAGAGGAUCUGUCAAGAGGCCACAAAGGUGACCAACGCCAGCGAGACGGCAGCCGUGGACGAGUUCGCGCAGAGCCUGACCGACGAGGCCCUGAACAAGAUGCACUACCUGCACGCCGCACUGACCGAGACGCUUAGGCUGUACCCAUCGGUUCCUCUGGAUAACAAGCAGUGCUUCGAAGACGAUGUCCUGCCUGACGGUUCUAGCGUCAGCAAGGGCGACAUCGUGUUCUACGUCCCCUACGCCAUGGGCCGGAUGGAGUACCUCUGGGGCAAAGACGCUGAGGUCUUCCGGCCGGAGCGGUGGCUGGAUCAGAAUGGCGAAUUCCAGCAGGAAAGCCCCUUCAAAUUCACAGCGUUCCAAGCUGGUCCGAGGAUAUGCCUGGGAAAGGAGUUCGCGUACCGGCAGAUGAAGGUCUUCGCGGCGGUGCUCCUCCGCUUCUUCGUGUUCCGCCUGCGCGACGGCGAGAAGGCGACCGUCAACUACCGGACCAUGAUCACGCUCCACAUCGACGAGGGUCUGCAUCUGACAGCGACGGCGAGAUGA